UCUAGAACCCAAAUUGUAAACACUUUUAGCAGAAAUGAGUGAGAAAUCAAUCCCCGUUGAAGACUUGUCACAGAAGGAAAACGCCAAUUGAGAAUCCAAGGGGCCUUCCGCUCUGGAUGAAAAGGUCAAACUACCCACUAUAAAAGAAAUAUUAAGGAUCCUUGAUUUACAUAAUUAUGAAGCAGAAGAUAAUAUGAUUUGCCACCAAAUGACAAAGAUUCAGAAAAUGAUUAUUUUGCGCAUAGAAGCUCUGGAGAAAGAGAAAAAUGAGAUUAGUGCGGAGCUAAAUCAAAUCAAUCAAUUAAUAAGUGAUCCAAGAAGCUGUUUUGAGUUCAUGAAAGAGUUCAAAGAGGAAAAAGGAUUAAAGAAGUUUGAUCGGGUAGGAAAUAUGAGAUAUCAGUAUAUUUUGGAUGUUGAGAAAAGCGCUAAUGAAAAAUCUCUUAAAGUCAACAGUAUUUUAAAGAAGACUCUGGGCUUUGCUGGCCCAGGCUUCCCUGAAUACAAGGGAGGAGAGGGUGAAAGUCUGCCAGCGGAGAUGAAUCUGGAUGAUUUAGGGAAACUUGAGAAUCAAGAAGUUAAAGAAGAUGCAAUUUUUCUACAAUCCAAUCAAUCACCUAAUCAACAACAGAUGAUGAACCAACAACAGAUGAUGAUUCGCCAGCCAAUGAUAGACCAUCAAACAACGAUUGACAAACAGUCAACUAUGGACCACCAGUCAAUGAUGAGUCAUCAUCCAAUGAUGAAUCAACAACUGGCAAUGGGUCAAACACAACAUAUGCUAGAACAACAGAAACAAAUGAUAGAUCAGAAUCAGCAAAUGAUGAGCCCACAUCAAUUGUGGAACCAACAGAAUCUAUUGAAUUUUCAAGGAGACAAUGUGCAAAUACAAAAUUGGGAUUUAAUUCCUUCACAGGAGACUAUAUUGAACACUCCUGUUGCUACUCAGUCUUCUAACCCUGCUCUCCCAGCUCAUAUGAUUGCCGAACAAUAUGUUCCUGGUAAUAAUUUGCAUGAGAAUCCUUAUGAAGUUACUCCUGAGAUGCUUCCUGAAAAUUUACUAGGAGCACAGACACCAACCGAGUCACCAUCUCUUACCAAGCAAAGUGAGUACCAAACGACAGAGCCUAAUGAAGAUCAGGACAAGGAUGUUCAUAUGAGCACUACUCCUGACCAGUGGCAAAGAAAACUUGAUGACCCAAAAAUUCCCUCAGAAGGUUUCCAAGCUCGCACGCCAGAACCGCGUAUAUGUGACAUUGAUCAGAUCGAUAAAGCUGGAUCUUACUCAAAGAAAUCUGUCAAUCCUUUUCCUUCUGAAUUCUCAAAUGAGGGUUAUUUAGGAGAGGAAUAUAAAAAUAUCGAAGGUAGACGGAUGACUAGAAGGGACCAACCAGCAGUAUCAGCUAAUUUUGCACGCAGAAAAAUGACAUUGAUAGAUAUAUCUGCACAGAGAAGAAAAGAAUAUUUGGAGAAGAAGAAAAGAGAAAGUGACGAGAAAGACAGUGCAAAGACUCCUCCAAAUUAUUCUUAUCAACAGCCAUCUACCCAUACAAGUUCUGGUAUGGAUCAGACUACAGAAUAUCAUACAAUGAGCGAGUAUUAUCCAAAUCAUCAGUUUCAACAAAUGAAUCAUCAUAAAGCAUCAAUGAUGAUUCCUCAAAUGAAUGCGGCCGGAGAGAUGAAUCAUCCCUCUUUUCAUCAUCUGCCCAAUGGUAUGGAUAUGAAUAGCUAUUUUCAGAUGAUGGGUCAAUAUGCUAUGCCUCCUCCAGAUCUACCACAAUCCCAUAUGAUGCAGAAUCAUUUCCAACAUUAUCCUGGGAAACAAGAUGGUUCUCCGCAUGUCCCUCAAAAUAUGAUGUUUGCAACUCCUCAAAAAGGAAAGAGCAUGCAUAUGUACUCUAGAGCUCCUUCUGCAAGUUCUGCUUCAGGCUCUGCAACUCCAAUGCGUACUCCUGGAUAUCAGUCAACACCAACUUCUAGUAACUACAAUGCUCAAUCAAUGGGGACUAUAGAUGGUAAAAGUUCUGCCUCCACUAAAUUCAAGCAGUAA